AUUUAUUUUAUGCACAAGCCCUUCCAAAUCUUAGCUGGCAUGUUUAGAAAAGCUGUAAAGCUGUCACCAACAACAUCCCUGCAAGCACACCCUACAGUGCACUUAAAGGGAUAGUCCAGGAUCUUUAAACACAGCACCAAUCAUGCCAGAAGACAGGAACAACAAUAGAAAAAAGAAGAAAAAGAAGAACAAGGUUUCUGCUACUGACCAAAAACUAAAAGAGAAACCUGAGAGAUUAUCUUCAAUACCCCAGCUGCCCCCUCAGGAUUCAGGUCAGGUUCAACUUCCUGAUCUCAGAGCUGCCAGUAAAAAAGCCAGAGAUCAUUGCCCUUGCGGUGCAGUGAGCAACGAAGAACAACUAAAAGAUUCAAAAAGUCUUGUUGCAGAGACUUCUACAGCCAGUGACAGCAAAGAACCUGCACAUGUGAUGGAACUCAGCGUCCAGGCCAGGGAGAGUCUGAGGUGGGAAGGAGAGCUGCAGGACCCGCAGGAAGAGGCGAAGAGGCUGGAGCGGUAUAGAGCCAGCAGGCGACAGCGUUACAUCACACAUAGAGAGGCAUUGUUGAAAGAAACCCAGCAGAACGGAAGACUUCAGCAAACUAAUAAAAAACAAAAAAUGUUGGUGCUGUAGUUAAGUAGUAAAUUACGGCUUUGCAAUGUUUAUCAUUUUAGGAAUCACUGGACCACAAAUUAACACUGACUUUACAAACAAGCUGUAUUUUUUUUGCCAUGCAUUGAAAAGAACCUCUGGAGCUCUUUCUUCUGAAUCGGUAUAUCCGAAUCAGAAGAUUUCCACAGUCCUGCUCAUGCUCUUAAACAAUUCAACGCUUGAAGGAAAUAAUUAAAUGCAAGACAACAGCCAAUGAUUAAGUGAGCCCCUUAAAUCUGACCAAAUGGUUGUUACACUUUCCAAACUAAAGAAAUAGUUUCACACAGAAAAAUUAGUUCAAAUGCUAAAAUUAUCAUUUGGAUGAGAUAAA